UAGGAACCUUACCCAACUCCUCAGCAAAAGCAGCUUUGCUCGUAACUACUGAGCCAGCUCUCCAGCAUCAGAAUAAUUCUUAAGAUGAGGUUUUGCUACAUUAGUGAUACUUGAAUAACCCUUUUUGAAAAAUUGAUGACAUAUAUUAUUACACAUUUGAUCUCCAUCAUGUUGUUUUGCUGCUGAACACUAGGAAGGAAUACACAACCCUUUAUGACAUAUCUGUAUACCUGUUUACUUCUAAAAUUCUAAUCGACCACUUGUUUUACUAGUCUUUGGAAUUAGAAGGAGUGUCAAGUACAUAGAAGCCAGAGUCAUCUUGGCCAGAUGGUGUUUGGUACAGAUGGAUGACCGAGACCUAUGAACAAAGAAUACGCGAGCAACAAGAACAGCUGUCAUUUCAACAAACUCUUAUUGACAAGCUAAAAUCACAGCUACUACUUGGGGAUUCUUGUCGAGAUAACAGUUAUGGCUAUGUACCUUUGCUUGAAGACAGUGAAAGAAGGAAGACUAAUUUGACUCUUGAUGAACCACAUGAUAAAAUGAAACUAGGAACACUGAGAAAUAAGCAGUCAAAGCUUAUUUCCAAAGAAUUAAUACUGCACCAACUAUACUGUAUCUGUGGACAGACCAAGGAAAAGGCCCAAAGAAAUAAGCUUUGGGUGAGAAGACAAGAAGUCUCUUCUGGAAAAGAUCCCUCAAAGGACCUCAGCCUCCCUAUACAUCACGAAAGGGAUAAUAUAGAGAAGACUUUCUGGGACCUUAAGGAAGAAUUUCAUAGGAUAUGCUUACUAGCAAAGGCACAGAAAGACCACUUAAGCAAACUUAAUAUACCAGAUAUUGCAAUUGACACACAGUGCUCUGUGCCUAUACAGUGUACUGAUAAACCAGAAAAACAAGAGGCGCUGUUUAAGCCCCAGGCUAAUGAUGAUAUAAACAGAGGUUCGUCGUGUAUCGCAUCUGUUGUUACACCAAGAGGACUGGGCCGAGAUGAGGAAGACACCUCUUUGGAAUCACUUUCUAAGUUCAAUGUCAAGUUUCCACCUAUGGACAGUGACUCUACUUUCUUACAUAGUACUCCAGAGACCCCGAACAUCCGUACCCCUGCCACAUCUGAGGCAGUGUGCCAGGACAAAUUUAAUAUGGAAGUCAGAGAAAACCCAGGAAACUUUGGUAAAACAGAAGAAACUUUAUUUGAAAUUCGGGGAAUUGACCCCAUAGCUUCAGCUACACAAAACCUUAAAAUAACUGACAAAACAAAACCCUCAAAUCUUAGAGCUCCGUGUUUGCCAGCUGGAGACCAUAAUGUGUUCUAUGUAAAUACAUUCCCACUUCAGGACCCGCCUGAUGCCCCUCUUCCCUCACUGGAUUCCCCAGGAAAAGCUGUCCGAGGACCACAGCAGCCCUUUUGGAAGCCCUUUCUUAACCAAGACACUGACUUAGUGGUACUAACUGGCACAGACUCGGAAUGCCUUAAAGCUCAAGUGUGUGAAUUCUGUCAAGAGCUUUUCCCACCGUCCAUUACAUCCAGGGAGGAUUUCCUCCGGCAUCUUAAUUCACACUUUAAUGGGGAGACUUGAGUCACAUUUGAAAACAGACAUAUCACGUUCUCUGAUGAUUCUGGAUUUGUAAUGCCAGAGAAUGCUUGCUUGUAAGCUAAAUUUAAGAUGGUUUAUAAAAGAAAUUCAGUGUCACAACUAUUUGAAUUUUUUUCUAAACUUGUUACUUUAGCUUUUGAGAUCAUUUUCUGUAAAAUUAAUUCAUUAUAUUCAUGUUUACACUGUUAUUAUAAUAAUUGAAAAUUAUGGAUGUGACUUAGAGUUACAUAAUCAUAAUUUAUGUCUCAGAUAUCUAUGAUUAUUGUUUGACUCAUGAGAUCUAUUAAAUUUGGUAAUGCCAAAUGUUUAUAGGGUAUUGUGUAUAAGAUUUCACUUGAAUUUUUAAAUUAUUUAUGCUAUAAUGUUCUUUUAAAAUACCUAAUAUAAUUUGCAGACAAUAUAAUCACCUAAGUAAAUUCAAAAUCAGACAUUAGUUGCCCGAUGAAAAUUAUUUAAACAUUUUAGGUCUUUUUUUUAAAUAAUACACAUGGUUUCAAUUUUUACUAUGUGUAUAGAUGCAUGAUUAAAUGAGUUAGAUAUUAAAAUUUAUGUUGUGAUCAUUAAAAGUGUUCUCUUUUCUGAGGUAAAUAAAUAUGUGACAUUUGGGGAAUGUUCAUAAAA